CAAAAUAUGGCUGAUAGGCCGCUAACCAAACACCCCUAAAAGGAACGGUAAGUAUCUGAUCAGGCAAAACCCUACCUUCUGGAAAAUAGAGGGGUUUAAUACGGUUGCCACCCCUGGAUGUACAUGUCCAGAAAUCAAUGGAGGAAGACAACGACAGAUUGACUCUGGUGGCCAGAAGAGCAUGUUUCGGACUACCCACUGCGUGUCCAAACUGCUUGCCCGUUUAUGUUUACCUCAGGUUAUGCAAACGCCCCUUUGAUUUGGCCUUCAACCUUGUUCAUCCUGAUUCUGAUCAAAUACCUUACGUUGAGUCUGGAUCUUAUGUGGCAUACAACAAUGAAAAGGGUGGUGUGGUCCAGAGUUUAAAGGAUGAUGGUAUGGUCGAUGAUUUAGACUCUGCAGUUCGCCACAUUCCAGAAUGGGCAUCAACAAUGGCUAUGGCAGAUUCAUGGCUUGCUGAUGCUCUGUUGUUUGAACUCUGGCUAGGGUCUGAUGCAAGUUCUGUGCAGAUCUAUUAUUCUGAUCUUCCUUGGCCAGUAGGAAAACUUCUAUACUUGAAGCAAGUUUAUGAUACAAAACAAAGACUUGGGAUAACAACUGCGAAUGUUGAUAAAAGAGAAGAAGAAAUUUAUAGGAAAGCUUACACUGCUUAUGGUGCUUUGUCAACAAUGUUAGGAGACCAGUCCUUUUUAUUUGAAAACAGGCCAACAAGCUUAGAUGCUGUUUUUCUUGGGCAUGCACUUAUUACACUAUUUGCCUUACCCGAUACUUCAGUGCUAAGAAGCAAGCUCUCGGAGUAUGCCAAUCUGGUAAAAUAUACAAAGAAUUUUAAAUUGCAGUUCAUAGACACGACUGAGUUGCCUUCUAUCUCUCAAUUGCAUAAUGAGCCCUCUUCAUCAACAUCAAGACGUAAUUCAACUUGGAGCUCAAAACCAAAAACCAAACCUCAAAAGAAAAAAAUGACUGAAGAAGAGAAGAAGUUUCGACGGAGGUCAAAGUAUUUUCUGGUUACUCAGCUGGUUGCAGUUUUGGUAUACCUUUCCGUCCUUGGAGGAUCUGAUGAUGUUGAGGCUGAUCUAGAUGAUGGUGAUGGUGGCCCUUAUUAUGGUGACUAAAGUUUCGGUAUUUUCUCAGUUUGUGUCCGUUUGCCAGCUUUUAGCUCCUUAUGAAUAUUUUGGAGAACUGAUGUGCAUAAUAUUUGUUCAAUUUACACCAGAUAAACAAGAGUAGUUCUUCAGGAAAAUUGGAGUUUGUGUUUUUUACUCAAUCUGCAAAAUAAGGAACCAUCAUUUUAUGUUGUUACUGGCUACCAAAUGCAUUUCAUUUUCCAUAGAAGAUGUUAUUUGUGGCCAAUUUUCAUUCGUAGUAUUAGUUUUUGUUCAACCAAAGGUCCAAAACUCAUCACGUUUUGUACAUUCAAGUCUUACC